AACUUCAUCCCACACACUUCACUCACAAGCUCUGCAAUUCUCUGCUACUGCAGUACUCCCAUAUCACACAGAGAGGAAUGAGAAAUAUGGGUGAAACUAAGCUUACAAGCAAAACUAAAGCAACCCAUUUGUUAUUAGUUUCAGUGAUGAUCUCUCUAAGCUCUCUUCUUGUCUGCUUUGGCCCUUCCUUGCUUGCCCUUUUCCUUCAUUACUGCAACUUCAACUUCUCCUUCUCCUUCUCCUUCUCCUUCCCUUCCAAGAUCUUCUCUCACACCAUUGACAAGAACUGCAUAUUCCUCCUCUGUAACGGCCUCCUUGUUUUCCUCGGCAUCACCACAUCAUUUUCCACCUCUAGUCCUCCUCAUGAUGAUCUUUUUCAUCAUUAUAGUCAUGAUUAUGAUGCUUCAGAAGAUGAGGUGAUCAGAGUUAGUGAGAUAGCUGCAGAAAUGAUGCAGGAAGAUGAUCCUGACACUGAUGCUGAUGCUGAUGCUGAUGAAGUAAGUGGCGUAUUAUUGGGUUUGGAAUUGAAAGAAGAAGAAGAGUGGUUGGAAGAUGAUGAUGAGAUUGUGGAUGCAGAAAGCGUGGAAGAUGAAGAAGAGAAUUGGAUGUUAAGCACAGAGCAGAUGAACAAGAAAUUUGAUGAUUUCAUCAGAAGGAUGAAGGAAGAUCUGAGGAUUGAAGCUAAACGACAACUAGUCAUGGUUCAUAAUUAAUUAGCAACAACCAGUUUUUUUUUUUUUAAAUUAAAAAAUUAUAUUAGUCUUAGGAUUUCCAGGUUUAAUUAUAUAUUUUUAAGUCUUUUCUUCCCCUGUUCUCUACCAUCUCUUGUAUUUUAGCUACUUUGCUUGUCUUUAUGGCAAAAGUGGAAGUUUAAUCCUUAGGUUGCAAGGAAUUGUUUAUUA